AUGACCACCCCCGACCGCUCUUUACUCGACGAUGCCGUCGUCGACCCCUCAACACCCACCGCCAUUGCCGACAGCCAGCUCGCCCCGCAGAGCCACGUCGACGCCCUCGAUGACAUCCUACUCUCCUCGCUGCACGACCUGCACUUCAUCCUCUCGCCGAGCACCACCAUCCUGCGCGUCUCGGCCAACUGCCUCAACCUGCUCGGCUGCGAGCCGAACCUGCUGCUGGGCCAGCGCCUGGCUGCCCUGGUCCACAAGGAUGACGCCCACGUCUUCUCCUCCGAGAUCGACGACGCUCUGCUGCGGCCCAGCAACAGUGUCCUCAUCGACAGCGGCGCCUUUGACGCCUCCCUCUCCACCGUGGCCCCACGCCGCCCACCCUUCCGCUUCUACUGCCGCAUCCGCAGCGUCGUGCACCUCGGCAGCGACUACUCGGCCUUCGAGCUGGUCGGCCACUACCAGGUCAAGAUGCCCGCCUCGCUGUCACCGCUGCAGCUGAUGAUGCCCCCGCCCGGCAUCAUCUCCAUCACCGCCCGCCCCGCCUUCUCGCGCAAGGGCCGCCUGAUGGACGGCAUGCUCGAGUUGAAGAUGGAGCAGAUCCGCCUCGUGCGCCUGAUCCGCAAGAUGCGCCGCGAGGCCGAGGAAGGCCACUACGAGGGCGACGACGAAGAAGAAGAGGCCGUGUUGACCAUUGCCGCGACCCCCGCGCCGAUGCACCACCAUCACUCGUUCCAGCAAGUCGAGGAACGGGUGUUGUUGAAGUCCACCCGCCGCCCCUCGACUCCUGGCGGCGCGUCGAAGCGCUCCCGCAGCAGCCCGCCGCGACUGACCUGGAUGGCUUCGACCGCCGAGCAGCAGCAGCAGCAACCGGAACAACAAACCGAACCAGAGCCCAUCAGCUCGCCCUGGAACACACAAUCCAACGGCGACGCCUCGCCCGGUGACGCCUCGCCAAAGGUCAAGCUGGGAGAUGCCGGCAUCCCGUUCUUCAUCAGACCGGAGGGAUAUGAGAGGAAGACGAGCGAUGUUCCGAGGCAGCCCAAACGCAAGUUUGUGGCCAAGGACUAUUGUUGCUCCAGGUGUGGGACUGUGGAGAGUCCAGAGUGGCGGGCUGGCCCCGACGGACCGAAAACUCUUUGUAACGCUUGUGGCCUGAAGUAUGCGAAGGAACAGAAGAGGGCAGAAAAAUUGAAGCAAGAUGUGGUUCCAUAA